AUGUCCAAGCAAGACGACAAGACUCCCGUCCGUGACACAGCGGAAGAUGACGCCUACUUCCCCUCACCCUUCUCCCUCACACAAUACGUUACCGCCAAAACAGAUUUUGACGGCGCCGACUAUCCCAACAAAUACACAGGCGGCAAAUGGAAGAUUCUCAUGAUCGGCACCCAGGAGCGCUAUCUCAAGAUGGCAGACGGCAAGUUCUUCUCUACAGGUAAUCACCCAGUUGAGAUGCUGCUGCCUAUGUAUCACCUCGACGCUGCUGGCUUCGAUAUCGAUGUCGCUACUCUCUCAGGUGAUCCUGUCAAGCUCGAGAUGUGGGCUUUUCCCAAGGAGGAUGAGGCUGUCAAGUCGAUUUACGAUAAGUACAAGCAGAAGCUUCGCAGCCCGCUUAACCUCUCUGAGGUCUGGAGUGGCCAAGACGGCAAGGGAUUUAGUCAAGAUACUCCUUACCUGGCAGUCUUCAUUCCUGGCGGUCACGGCGUGUUGAAUGGCAUACCCUUCAGCAAGACGGUCGGCGAUGUUCUUCGCUGGGCUCAUGCCAAUGAUCGCUUUUUUAUUACGCUUUGCCACGGACCUGCCAGUAUUCUCGCCGCAGACGUUGGUAAGCCUGAGGGUUCCAAGUUUAUUUAUGAGGGCUAUAGCAUCGAUGUUUUCCCUGACUCGCUGGACCAGGGUGCUAAUAUCGACAUUGGUUACAUCCCUGGCAAGAUGGAGUGGCUGGUUGGGGAGCGACUCAAGAAGCUCGGGGUUACGCCGAUCAACAAGACCAUCUCCGGUGAAUGCCAUCGCGACCGUCUGCUGUUGACUGGCGAUUCGCCGUUGGCUUCGAAUAACUUGGGCAAGCUGGCUGCCAAGACGCUGUUGGAGGAGGUGAACAAGUAG